AUGACUAUGCAAACAAUUGGCGAAAUUCUUUGCGCAAAGAUUCCCAUCUCUUUUCAAAUGCGAAAAUAUAAUGUUGAACCCAAAGGUGAAGCAAAAAACUACCGGUGCUUACAAGUGCUCACAAAUAUAUUUGAUGAAAAGGACUGCAAAUACAGGAAUACAGGGAACGCCUUCCACGCCAUAGACUCACUGCGAAAGCCGUCUACGGAUUCUGCUGCUAGGAACUAA